UGUGAGUGACUGAGUGAGUGAGUCAAAGAGUUUUUUUUUUUUUGGUUCUGUUCGUCCAUCUGGACAGGCUGAGUCAAUGAGUAUAAUAAUAUAUGAGUGAGUCCAACUCCAAAGCAGUUAUUAGAUAAAAAAAGUUUCGUGCAAAUAAAGAUCAUUUGAAAUUACUUUCGCCUUUUGAGCAUUUGUUGAGUUUCCAUAUAUUUUUAUUUACUUUUAAAAAUUAAAAUAUGGUGGGAAUGGACGAAGAAAUGAAUAGGGACGAAGAAUGCGAAAAUAUUGGCUUAGGAUGCGCCUUAGAACACUUUUCCGAAGCAGAGGAUGUGCUGAACAUAAUCGAAAAUGUGAAAAAUAUUUAUAAAAGUUCUCAGUUUGAAGUAGAAUAUGAGAGGCUUUACGGGAUAUUAAAACAGUACUAUGAACAACCUCACUUGCUUGAUCCCCAUCUCGACAAAAUAUUGGGAAAGUUUCUGGAUACCAUUAAAGAGAAGGAUUCUCCGCUUGAACUAAAACAUGCGACAUUUAAUUAUAUGUAUCUAAUAAUGAGAGUGCGAGGAUAUAAAGUUGCUGUAAGACAUCUCCCACAUGAGGUAUCCGAUCUCUUAACUGUUUUAAGUUUUCUUGAAACACAAGAUCCUAAUGAUAAAGAAACUUGGAGAAGUAAAUUUGUUUUAUUGCUUUGGCUUUCGAUAGUUGUGAUCAUUCCAUUUCACAUGAGCCGAUUAGAUGGUUUUGCUCCAGAUAAACCAGGUGCGGAGUGCUCAAACAAAUUGACAGUUAUGAAGAGAAUCUUCGACAUUUGCAAAACAUAUGCAUUAAAUAAAGAUGCCUGUGCUGAAGCAAGUGCAUAUUUAGCCUCCAAGUUUUUUAUAAGGUCAGAUGUCAAGAGCUUAUUCAUGGGAGAGUUCUUCAAUUGGGCUAUGGAUUUACAUUCAAAUAUGCAAAAUGAGAAUGAAAUACAUUAUGGUGUACUUGCGGCAGUUGCAGCUGUAUUGAAGCAUGGGAAAAGAGAUGAUUUGCUGCCAUAUGCACCUAAACUCCUUGAAUGGGUCACUCAUCAAAAUUAUAAGUCACACAAUGCAAUUCUCGUCCGAAAAUAUGGAGUGAAAAUUGUUCAGAGAAUAGGUUUAACAUUCCUCCGACCACGUGUGGCGUCUUGGAGGUACACCCGCGGCUCUCGGUCCCUCGCGGUGACACUGGCUGGGACGGCCGCGGCUGGGGAUACGGAACCCAUCACCGCACCACCAGAUGAUGAUGACGACCAGGAUAUACCACAAGAAGUUGAAGACGUUGUGGAGCUUCUGCUGUGUUCUCUUCGCGAUGACGACAACGUGGUUCGUUGGUCGGCCGCGAAAGGCGUGGGCAGGAUCGGUGCACGCUUGCCCGCCAUAGCCGCCGCUGACGUGUGCGAGAGUGUUCUGACGUUGUUCGCUGAGCACGAGAAAGACUCCGCCUGGCAUGGUGGUUGUAUGGCGCUUGCAGAGCUAGCCCGACGGGGUCUCCUGUCGCCCCCGCAGCUGGGCGCCGCGGUGGCGUGCUCCGUGCGAGCCCUGCGGCGUGACGACGUGCGCGCGGGCGGGGCCCGAGCCGCUCGCGACAGCGCGUGUCACGCCGCCUGGGCCUUCGCCAGAGCGUACGACGGGCCCGCACUCGCGCCGCACGCGGACCUACUCGCCAACGCUCUCAUUGCAACCGCCUGUUUUGACCGAGAGAUAAACUGUCGCCGAGCCGCGUCUGCCGCGUACCAAGAGAACGUGGGUCGCCACGGAAUGUUCCCACACGGCAUAGACGUGCUCACUACUGCCGACUUCAACUCCGUGGGGCCCAGGAUCAACGCGUUCCUUGUGAUCGCGCCUCAGAUCGCCGCCUAUCCCGAGUACGGACAGAAUCUCAUCGAUCACCUGGUGGACUUGAAAGUGGAGCACUGGGACUUGGCAAUACGGGAGCUAGCUGCCAAGUCGCUCAACAAACUCACUGAUAAGAUGCCCGAAUACGUGGCGACUGAAAUUCUGCCGAAACUCGUGAAAAAAACUGAAUCCAUUGAUUUGAACAUUCGUCACGGAGCAAUACUUGCCGUGGGCGAAGUUAUACAUGCUCUGUCGCAAGUCAGGCAACCCAAUGGUGAGAAGGCGUCUGAGCUGAUAUCGGGUGAGGUGUCGAGCCACGUGCGCGAGCUGGUGAGCCACCUCCGCGACAAGCAGCAGUUCCGCGGAUUGGGCGGGGUGCUGAUGCGGCAGGCCUGCUGCCAGUGUAUCGCCUCGCUCUCGCUGGCGGCCGCACCUUAUCACUCCUACCAUGAGACUCUCGAUGAUUGGCUAAGCCUCAUAGAGGAGUGUCUCUCGCAUGAAGUGCUGGUCAUUCGCGAGAAAGCCAUCGAGGCACUGCCGCUGGUGUUCGAACAGUAUCUGCGGGACGAUGACGUCAUCUACGGCGACGUGACCAUCAAACAGAAGCGCGCUCAGCUGCUGGAGAAGUACUGCCACCAGCUGGCUAACACUAGCGUCAACGGACUGCCGCUGAGGAUGGGAUUCUCGAGGGCUGUUGGUUCGCUACCAAAGUUCGUUUUGCAUGACCAUCUCGAGCUGGUGAUACGAUCCCUGAUCGGCUGCACGAAGGUGACAGAGCAAACCAUGCAGUGGGCGGAGGCGCGACGCGACGCCGUGCUCGGUCUGACCGACAUAUGUCAGACCAUGGGUGUGCUCGGGGGAGUGGAGCAGUACCUGCGGGACAUAGUGGAGGCGCUGCUCGACUGUCUGUCGGAGUACACCAUCGUGAUGUGCGGCGACAUCGGUGCUUGGGUGCGGGAAGCAAGCAUGUCAGGGUUGGUGUCGAUAUGCCGGCAAUGCGCUGUGGAGGCGCCCCACCUGAACAGCGCAGGCACGGUGCCACGAGUCAUGUGCGGCGUGGCACAGCAGGCCGUCGAGAAGAUUGACCGCACGCGCGCGCACGCCGGACGGAUCUUCACAGCUCUCAUAUACAAUGAUCCAGUUGUGACGAACAUUCCGAAUCACGAGGAGUUGAAGCGCAUAUUCCCGUACGAGGAGGUUGACAUCAGGUGCCAGAAGCAGGACGAGAACAAGGAGACGACUGUCAGUGAGAACUUGAAUGUGGUGCACUGGCUGUUCCCGGGACACACAAUGCCGAGAUUCGUCCAGCUCUUGAAGUACCCCGCCUACCGCUACCAUAUUGUGAAAGGGCUGAUCAUGAGUGCCGGAGACCUCACCGAGAGCUUGGUGAAACACACGACGGAAUCGCUGUUCUCGUUCUUGAACACGCUGCACGAGGACAAGCCGAUGCUUCAGGAGUUUUGCGACACGGUGAUACAAGUGUUCGUGGAUAACCUUCACGUGAAGAGGAUCACCGGGUCGCCCCUGUUCAAGUUUUUGGAUCUUCUUUUGAGCUCAGGUUCUAUUUCGCCUAUCCUAGAAGACCCUGAUUCAACAUUUGCCAUGAAUGUGUUCAAGUACUUGCAGCUAGAACUUCGAGUUGGAAAGAAGUUUUAUCAGUUGUUGGAUUCUAUCAAUGUGCUGUGUCAAUUGAUUCAGGUGGGUGGGGUCGUGAGUACCAACGCGUUGGGUCAGCUGGUGAUCUACCUGUGUUACUCACACAAGUACACUCGGCGGUGCGCGGCCGCCAGGCUCUAUGAGGCGCUCACGUUGUACGGAGACGUGUGCGGUGUGCCCGCACAUAACCUCGACCAGGUGAUGUCCAUUCUCGCUGACACGGACUGGGAGCAAGACGUCACCAUAUUGCGCCCCAUCAGGAAUGAAAUAUGCGACCUCAUGGAAAUAAAGCGACCAGUACUGAAGCAAAAAGCACCAUAGUUCUCGGAUUUCGAGUGGAUGGCCUGUAAUCUAUUAGAAUAUUUUGAUAUUCUUUAACGGCCGUUUUCAAUAACCUAUCCGUAGUUUAACUUACUAGAGGUAGACAAAUCUAUCCUUUUACGCUUAUUUACAUUUCCAUAGCCUAUCGGCAUUGGACUGUAACUAUAUUGGACAUAACUAUGGAUAGAUAAGAUCAUGUCAUUAAACGGUGAUAGCAAUGUAUCCGUAACUAGAGAUACGUUAUUGAAAACGGCCGUAUGUGCGCUUCUAUCGACGAAACCGAAAUACUGUUCUGUUAAUCAUUUAAUUUUAUACGUUUCGCAGUUCUUUAACAGAUUAAUAUGAGGGUAUAAAAGGCAUUUAUUUUUGUCAAAUUGCUUCCAUUAGAAUUGUUUUUGAUGUUACUUCUAACAUUACUACCGCUUCGGAAACAAAUGGCGCUCUGAGUGAGAAGAAAAAAGAAUCUGCUAGCAUUCUUUUUUUCGCCCUUUUUCAUAGAAUAUACAAUACUUUAAAAACAUAACAAAGCUUAGAUUUACAAGAGCGACAUCUCAAGUCAACUUCCUAAUAUGCAAAAUAUUGGGGUUGAGCAGGUUAUCAACUGUAAAUUAGAUCCUGUAGAUGAAGCCACAACCUGAGAGUUGAACAAAGCAUACAAGAUUUUAUAGUAUUGUACUGUCAUUGCUAUUGCUAUAAAAUAAUCAUAAUCUAGUCCCCGGCUGUCGGAUCACUUAGAUAUUCAGCUCUGGAGUAGUAGGAUUUACGACAGAGGCAUUUUUUAAUAAAAUAUUUAAAUUUAUGUUCAGUCUUUUGUAUUUUUUUACUAUCAUGAAGCAGUGUAUUGGACCGUGAAGAUGUUUUGUUUUACCCCCUUAAUGCUACAGAGUGAAUAUGACGAUUUGUUAAUGUUCCGGCAAAUUAUAUGUACUAAUCUAUUUUUUUUUUAAAUGUAACAAGCAAAUAUAAUAGCAUCGCUUGUAUAAAGUAUUAAACAUAA